AUCUGAACGACACAGGACGGAUUAAUUAGCGGUUGCUCUUAACAAAGCGAAAAACUCAAAACUCUACAGAUACAUUGUUCGAGGACAGAAAGUUUAUUCAGUUCAUUCAGUUUAUUCUGUUUAGACCGAGUUUUCACAGUGUGUCUACAAUCCACUUGAUCGUGUCUUCAUCACCGUCUUCUACAGACUUUGGUGGAGGUGUUGAAAAGGUGGAUUUCCCCCUCCCUAUCACCACUGUCAGCAUCUCGACUUCAUCGUUGUUCGCCAGGUGCAUCGAUGUAGAAGAAGCUGGAAAAGUGGAUUUACCCCCAACUACCUUUCCGGUGAACUACUACUGUCCGCUGUGGGCUUUUUAGGAGGACACGCCGAUGUGGUAAUUGUUCCGAACGCUGAAACGUCUGUUCAGUACCCUGGACCGUUAUCCUUAUCAGACGACAUAAGCAGCGUUUGGUUACAAACAGAAGGAGAAGAGGAGAGUGUUGUAGCUGCUGAAAACAACAUAGCAGCAAUGGAUUUUGUUCUUCCAAAUGGUGUGUUGUCUUCUGAGAUUGUUCAGCAUCCUGGACCCUCCUCAGAAGCCAUAAACAGUGUUUGUUUUGAAGAAGAAGGAGGAGACGAGAAUGCUGAAAACAUCUCAUCAGGGAAAAAAACAGCAAAAUCCAUUAAAAGAAGAAUUGCAAAAUUUUUCUGUACAAUGGGGAAGAAGAUCAAGAGCCCUUUUGUUCACUGCUUCGGUAGGAACAAAGUGGUAUCUUUCGUACCCUCCCCAGAGCUGAAUCCGGGGAAGGCCAGUGAUGAUCUGGUCAAAUCAGAGAUGAAGACCAGUUCCGGGAUGAAGGCUGAUGAUGAUAUUGUCCAUCCCGUGGCAAAGGCAGACUAUGAUCUGCUGAAUACUACAAAGCCUGAGGAUGUAUCGUCUGCCCCCCAGCAUUUCACUGGUACUUCUUCCGUCAGUAUUCCUCAGUUUGUCAUCCUGAGGGCAGAUACCAGUCUGCAUAUUGUGGAUUUUAGCGAAGACGAUUCAGUCGAUACUGUGCUGAAUGCUCGCACCAAUCCUGCCAAUCCCAAGCCAAAGAAGCCAACCUCAUCUACUACCGAUGAGGUGCUUGGGGCGAUUGGCUUUACCAGCAGGAUGUACCCAAAAAGCCACGAAUCUGAUGACAAACGGGGUUUCAUUAAUCCAUGUGAACCCAAGGAGAAGACGGACACCAACCCUGCGAAUCCCAAGCCAAAGAAGCUAACCUCAUCUACUAGCGAUGAGGUGCUUGGGGCGAUUGGCUUUACCAGCAGGAUGUACCCAAAAAGCCAUGAAUCUGAUGGCAAACAGGGUUUCAUUAAUCCAUGUGAACCCAAGGAGAAGACGGACACCAUCUCUGCCAAUCCCAAGCCAAAGAAGCCAACCUCAUCUACUAGCGAUGAGAUGCUUGGGGCGAUUGGCUUUACCAGCAAGGUGUACCAAGAAAGAGAAGACUCCGAUGGCAAACAGGUCGCCAUAAAGCAAGUUUGGGAAUGGAAACAUAAUCCUUACACUGAUAUUAAGGUUAACAACAAUUCAAAUGAUGCCAAUUUUAAGACUGGCACCAUUCCCAAGACAAAGGGUUUUAUUAAUCCAUAUGAACCCAAGGAGAAGAUGGACGCCAACCCUGCCAAACCCAAGCCAAAGAAGCCAACCUCAUCUACUAGCGAUGAGGUGGUUGGGGCGAUUGGCUUUACCAGCAAGGUGUACCAAGAAAGAGAAGACUCCGAUGGCAAACAGGUCAACAUCAAGCAAGUUUCAAAAUGGACCCGUAACCCUUGCAUUAAUAUUAAGGCUGACAAUAAUCCAGGCAAUGCCAAAUUAAAGACUGGCACCAUUCCCAAGGCAAAGGCUGGCACCGGUGUUGGCAAUCCAGUUCGAAAACCUAUUGCUAUUCCCUGUGGUAUCAUGGUGAAGGCAGACCCCAAACCUGCCAUCCCCAAAAAGACGGCUGUUUUUCAUGAGCGUGAUAAGAAGGUGAAGGCAGACCCCAAACCUGCCAUCCCCAAAAAGACGGCUGUUUUUCAUGAGCGUGAUAAGAAGGUGAAGGCAGACCCCAAACCUGCCAUCCCCAAAAAGACGGCUGUUUUUCAUAAUCGUGAUAAGAAGGUGAAGGCAGUAACCAAACCUGCCAUUCCAAAGAAGACAGCUGAUACCGAGGUGAAAGCAUAUAGCGAGGAGAUCAAUGCGGCACACAGAACCUUGUGUCAUGAUUAUUGUAUUGAUACAGAUAAUCCGCUUGGUAAAGGUAGCUUUGGCGCUGUGUUUCCGGGGACCAGUAAAGCCGAUGGCAAACCGGUUGCUAUCAAGUUUGUGAAACGAAGGCAACCAAACCGUUACUUUAUCAUGCCUGGAUCUGGAAUGGUUCUCACAGAACUAGUAGUGUUGCACACAUUAAAGGAGGAUCCAAACCCUCAUGUGAUCAAACUUUAUGACAGCUAUGAGGAUCCGGAUUACUUCAUACUCGUCAUGGAGCGGCCUGAUCCUUGCAUGACCUUGAAUGAGUUUAUUAAACUUCAACGAGGUCUGCUGGAAUCAACAGCACGCAUCCUAAUGCGUCAGGCAGUCAUGGCUGUAAAACAUUGCUUUAAGCAUGAGACUUUUCAUACUGACCUCCACGCUGGCAACUUCCUCGUGGAUAAAAACAACAUGCUGCUGAAGCUGAUCGACUUUGGGUGCUGUGACCGAUUAAGAGACACGGCCUAUGCAUAUGAAGAGUAUUUGGGGGCACCGGCUUAUCGGCCACCUGAGGUCCGCAACAGGGGCAGAUACCACGCCAUGUCAAGCAGUGUCUGGUCUCUGGGAACUCUGCUCUAUUAUAUGGUUAAUGUAAACUUGCCCUUUCCCAAAUAUGGGCCAGUAACUGAAGGCAUGAUAAACCACGAGAAUGACUAUUUAACAAAGCGAAAAAACCCAUCAAAAUCCAUUUAAAGAAAAAUUACAACAUUUUUCCAGACAUUGGGGAAGAAGAUAAAGAGCCCCUUUUGUUCACUGCUUCGGUAGGAACAAAGUGGUACCUUUCGUACCCUCCCCAGAGCUGAAACCGGGGAAUCCGGGAAGGCCAAUGAUGAUCUGGACAAUUCAGAGAUGAAGACCAGUUCCGGGAUGAAGGCUGAUGAUGAUAUUUCUCAUCAUGUGGCAAAGGCAGACUAUGAUCUGUUGAAUACUACAAAGCCUGAGGAUGUAUCGUCCGCCCCCCAGCAUUACACUGGCACUUCUUCCGUCAGUAUUCCUCAGUUUGUCAUCCUGAGGGCAGAUACCAGUCUGCAUAUUGUGGAUUUUAGCGAAGACGAUUCAGUCGAUACUGUGCUGAAUGCUCGCACCAAUCCUGCCAAUCUCAAGCCAAAGAAGCCA